ACAUAUAUUGUCGGUCAUGUUCAGUGGCAUUAUCAAGUUUAUAUAAAGGGCGAACUAUUUCAGUUCUAGCUUGCAUUUUGUUGACUGGGACCAUUCGAUCAAGUGCAAUUUUAGAAAAAUUUUUAGUUUUUUAGUUAACAGUGUGAGAGUGGUUGAAAAUUUUAAAAUAUUAAACAGAUGUUGGCGAUAAUUUUAUUCGGAUGUAUCGCUCUGGCUUGCAGUGCUCCUACGGAACAAGGAGCCGCAGCAUCGGCAGAAAUGUCUUCAACAAACAUUAAACAAGUUGAAAUGAAACAGUUGCGACCAUUCAGCGAAUUUUUAAUUUUAACUCCUGAAGCUCAACUGCAACUACAGCCGGCACUUAAAUUGCAGCAACCGGUUAUUCAACCACUUAUACCACAUGGAUCACCAGCUACUCGGCAAUUCGACACCAUUUGCAACCAAAUUAUUUCCGGUGCAGGCACUUUCCAAGAAAUUAUCCCUUUCCCACUUCCUUGGGGCGAUAGCGAUAGUAGCGACCAGAAUGAGGAAAAGGAAGGCAAAUUUAGACUUCAACAGCAAGCCCAACAACAAAUGCCAGAAAUUAACACUGAUGCUGAGACAAUCCCCCAGGGCAUCAUUCCACAAACACCUGCUUCCACAUACCCCUUGCCUGAACGUCGUUUCUAUACCAUAGCUGGACGGCCACAAUUCUUCGGUAACGUGGACAUACUUCAAAAUCCACUCCAUCCACUUUUCAGCCUGCAACCACUCCAAGCAAUCAAGGCCAGAAGCAUUACAGAUCUCCCAGAUAGUAACAUCCAAAAUGAUAGGAGCCCAAUUAAAAUGGAACAAAGCUCGGAAGCGCUGCCAUUGCCAUUGCCACUUCAAAGUAACGAGCAAAUUAGCCAAGAGCAACAAUUACUAGCUGACAACGCCGCUCGUAAUUUCGCCAAGGCUUUACAGGAUCUUGAGGAUAUUCGGCCCCAGUCUGAGCAAGCCAAACUCGCGGCAGACGCUGUUGCUCUGGAAUUUGCAAGCCGCUUUGAUAGCAAUCAGGUGCAAAAAGUGAUUAAAGAAGAUUCACAAGCAAUUGCCUCAAAUAAUGAGACCCCAUCGCAAGCCGCAGCCAAAUCAGUAGACAGUCCUCAAAAUGACGAAGCAUCACAGAUGGCUAAAGAUAAAAUGGCUGAGCCUGAAUUAAACGCCAAGGAUCCCGACUCGGAACAACAGCAACCUAAAACUCUCGUUGAAAAGGAGAAGGAGCAAGUCGCCGAAAAAUAGAAGAGCUCAAUCUUCAAUUCGGCGACUUCGCAAUGGACUGAAAUUUUGUGAUUUUUCUACUAUCGGUUUCGGGAAUUUACCACUUAGUUUGAAUGGGAAUAAAAUUAGGGCAUCCAAUGGAAGUUAUAAACAUCCUUUCUGUGAAUAAAAAACGGCGAGAUUAUGCCAACUAACCAAAUAGUUUCAAAAUUAUGUACUAACCUCAACACUUAAGAACGAGUGAAGAAAAUGAAAAACUCAAAAAAAAAAACACAAAAACAACACAAGGUAUACAAUACUCAUCUUCAUCAUCAUUCAUCAUCGCGUUAAACCAUAUUAACUACUUCCAUAUUUUGUCUCUUGAACAAUGGAAAGGCUCUAGAUUGAUCAAUCCAGCUGCUAUGUACGCUCUUCCAAAUUCAACUAAGAUUUAUUUUAAUUUUAGAUAAUUUUAUGUAAGCUUAUGUGCAUUUGAUUUUAACAACGGAAUAACCCACUGAAUUAAGGCGUAGAGAUAAAAUGAUGCUUAAAGGUAAUUAGUAUGGUUUACAGUUUAAUCAAACUCAUCCUCAUCAUAAAAAGAUAACAACUCAAAAAUAAAAUGUAAAACACAAAAUAUGUAACUAACGAAAAUGAAAAUAAAGUUGAAAAUGGA